AUGCUUCUGACAGAAGAAGAAACCAACAAAAAACCAACAGAAACUAACAGAAACCAUCAGAAACCAACAGAAACUAACAAAAACCAACAGAAACCAACAGAAAAACCAACAGAAACCAACAAAAACCAACAGAAACUAACAGAAACCAACAGAAACCAACAUAAACUAACAGAAACUAACAGAAACCAACAGAAACUAACAGAAACCAACAGAAACCAACAGAAACCAACGGAAACCAACGGAAACCAACAGAAACCAACAGAAACCAACAGAAACCAACAGAAACCAACAAAAAACAGACAUAAACUAACAAAAACUAACAGAAACCAACAGAAACUAACAGAACCAACAGAAACUAACAGAAACUAA